ACCGAAUUAGCUGUCCAUUAAUAAACUUCCUUAGUUAACCACAUGCAAGGAUCAUAUCACCAGCAAGGCAAUACCAUAUACCAAUUAAACCCUCCUAAAUCUGACCCAAAAUGAGGGGAUUAUAAGAGAAGAAAGCCCUAAUCAAAAACCCCAAAACCUACCAACCCCACACACACACCUCCAUCCCUCUCUUCCUCCUCUCACCUCUCUCUUUCUCUUUCUCCUCCUAGCCCCACACCUCUCCACCCCCACACCCGCGCGUGCCACGCACGUGCGCCCGCGCCGCCGUUGCCGCCGUCCUCCUCCUCCGUCUUCUGAUAGCUCCGGUGAGCGGUGGCGCGCUGGCUGCAUGUGCGUGGUAGCUAACUGUGUGCUGAUUCUUGUGGUGGCAGCUGUUGUUGGUGGUGGUGGGUUGAGGGCGGCGGCGGCGGCGGCGGAGGGUGGGAUGGAGCAGCAGGCGGCGCCGUCGAGCAGCACGAGCACGAGCACCAACAGCAGCCGGAGCACGUCCGACCACCACGCCGCCGCCGCCGCCGCCGCCGCGGCGGCGGCGGCGCAGGUGGCGCAUCAGCACCACCCGUUCUACUACGCCGCCGCUCAGGGUGGCGCGAAUACCAUGCCGGCGCCGGCGUCGUUCAUGGGGUCGCUGGCCAUAGUGCCCGCUGCUGCUGCUCCGGGUGGUGGUGGUGGGCAGGUGCAGGCGGCGGCGGCUCCGGUGGCGUCGUCGGAGAAGAAAGCGGUGGUGGCGGCGGGGGCGGGGGCGAAGCGGCCGACCAAGGACCGGCACACCAAGGUGGAGGGGCGCGGGCGGCGGAUACGGAUGCCGGCGCUGUGCGCGGCGCGGGUGUUCCAGCUCACGCGGGAGCUCGGCCACAAGACGGACGGCGAGACCAUCGAGUGGCUGCUGCAGCAGGCGGAGCCGGCCAUCGUCGCCGCCACCGGCACGGGCACCAUCCCGGCCAACUUCUCCUCCCUCGCCGUCUCCCUCCGCUCCGCCGCCUCCCACUCCUCCUCCCCGCGCGCCGCGCCGUUCCACCACCUCCAGCAGCAGCAGCAGCACGACGUCGCCGCCAUGCUCGGCUUCCACCACCACCACCACCAGCUGCUCCCUCCUCCGCCACCGCACCAGCACCCGGAGCCGACGCCCCAAGAUCCCGGCGCCGGCGAGUUCAUGCGUAAGCGCUACAGGGAAGCCGACGACCUGUUCAAGGACACCUCACGCCAAGACCCCGUCGAUGGCGCCACCGGCGAGGCCGAGCAGAAGGCCCGUGCGGCCGCAGCAGCGGCGGCGCCGCCGCCAACCGCCCCGUCAGCAAUGUGGGCCGUGGGGCCGAACACCACCGGAGCCACCGCCGCCUUCUGGAUGCAGCCGGCAUGGGCAUUCCCCCACGGCGCCGGCGCCGGCGCCGCCGGUAACACGGUGCAGGCGCCACUCCAGUUCAUGUCGCGCAGCAGCUUUCCCACGGCGAUGAACGUCACCAUGGCGGACAACAACAACAGCAGCAACAACAACCUCGGCAUGCUCGCCGCGCUCAACGCCGGCGGCGGCGGCCGCUCCGGCGAGCACCAGCACCAGCAUGAGGGGCAGUCGCCGGCGGAGAUGGAUCAUCAGCGCCGCGCCAACGGCGGCGGCGGCGAGGCUGGCGGCGCGGCGAGCUCGCAGUGAGCUGAGCUAAGCUAAGCUAAGCUAGCUAAGCUGUGAUGAUGGGUUAAUGGGAGGUAGCUGUGCAAAUGCAAAUGCAAAUGGCAUAUGAUGAUUUGAUUAGAGAGAGUACAGAUUAGGGUGUUUGGAACUGCUUGCUGCUGCUCUCGUUAAUUAAUCAUCUCAAUUCAUCAAUCAAUGGAUUGUUUGCUUCUUUAGUUUACCCCCCUUAUUUUUUACCUGGGAUUAUUUUAGUUUGCUCUUUUGGAUUAAUUAAUUAAUCAAUGUAAGGUGUUUGUGAUGAUGAUGAUGAUUAGUAGUGGGUCCAAUUGGAUCGAUCUUGAGAAGCCUAGCUGAGUGAUUAAUUUAAUAUGUUUCUUGUUGUCA